GUUAACUUCAGUACUUUUUCUGAUAGUUAUUGACGCGGUCAAUAAACUUUAGGUUUUCUAUCAGUGGAUGUGUGGCUAACGUGGUUAGUUACUUUAGAUCGGUCGGUUUUUACGAUCUCUUAUUACACAGGACUUUUUUGGUUGGAGGUUAUCCGCCAUUUUGUUUUUCGCACGAGGUGCUUGAUUUGUUUACGUCGCUGCUAUGGCCGAGAUUCAGGUUUCUCAGGACCAGUUGAAGGAAAAAACAAGGCCGUCUAGAAACUCGGUUAGUGGAUCUAAUAAAAGCGGAAGGAAAAAAGGUUUGAAUUCCGAUUCUCCUAAACAGUGCGAUGUAACCGCUAACUCUUUGCCUGGUUGUAGUACCGGUAAUAAUAAUGACAACGGCUCGACGAGUGUUUUUUCCAAUUUUCUCGCUGCCUCGACAUCGUCUAAAUCGAAAGAUGUUCAGUCUGCCGAGUCAAGUAAUAAUGAUGUCCUGACGAUUCUAAAAUCCAUUCAGGAGACCCAAUCGGCUCAGAAUUCUCGGUUUCAAAGACUAUCGAAUAAAGUUGAUGAUCUUUACUAUGUCAAUGAUGACGAUUAUGAAAAUGAGUUAUUAGGCUAUAAUGAUGAUACAGAUUAUAAUGAAGAUGAUCUAGAAGUUUUGCCUACAAAAAAGCCCAAAUUAUCAACAGACGCAGAACUUAGUAAUUCUGUUUAUGCUCUGGCAGGGGAAAAAUUGAGAGUUAAAGAUUUGUGUGACAAACCUAUUAAUCCAGACUUAGCAUCGUUGAUCGAUAACUGGUUCAGAGACGGUGUAGAGGAGGACAGAUAUAAUGAGUUAAUUAAAUCUAUCUCUCGUCCUAAAAACUGUGAGUCUUUGGUGACUGUUAAAACCAACCAAUUAGUGUGGGAUUUUCUUAGUCAGUCUACACGUACGAUGGACAAACGUAUACAAAACGCACAAACUUCCAUCAUUAAAGGAGCAGUCUCUUUGGCUAAAGUUACAGAAGUCCUUGGUUGUGGACAACCUCUGGAUGUUAACAACGUAUUGGAGCAGGCUAUGAAGUCCCUUGCUUUAUUCGGACAUGCCAAUAAACAGUUGUGUUUGGUGCGUCGAGAUAUGAUGAAACCCGAUAUGAGAGGGGAAUAUUUACAUUUAUGCAGUCAGAAUUUCAAAUAUACAGAUUGUCUAUUUGGAGAUGACAUAUCUAAAACAGUUAAGGAUAUCUCUGAUUGCUCUCGUAUUAGUAACAAGAUAGGUGCUUACCUAGGUCGCGGAGGACGUGGAAGGUCUGUCCGUUGUAGAGGUAGAUAUUUUAGAGGCCAUUUUCGUGGUCGUGGUUCUGGAGGUUCCUAUGGAUCAUACAAUUCAGACGCAAAAAACUACCAGAAGAGGGGUCAAGGUCGACCCCACUCCCAACAAGCUCAACAGAAGUAGUUUCUGAGGCAAGUAUGAAUGCCACCUAUUGAACCGUUGUGUUCAGAAGAUACGUCAAGACAAGGCGAGAUGUAUUGUCGUAGCACCGAUAUGGCCAAGUCAACCUUGGUUCACAAGGUUACUCGAGUUGUUAAUAGAUGUUCCAGUGAUUAUUCAGCUCAAAAGGAUCUUCUUGUUCAAGUGUCCAGCGGACAGCCUCACCCUCUUUGGAAAAAUCUAAGUUUAAUGACUUGUCAUGUAUCCGGAAUCAAUUCGGAAAACGAGGUUUUUCUGAACAGGCAACAACUGUCAUCAUGGCGUCUUGGAAGUCAGGGACCAAGAAACAGUAUCAAGUCUACCAUAAGAGAUGGUUUCAGUACUGUCGUCAAGAACAGAUUAAUCCACUUUGCCCAUCUAUAGAAAUUGUCAUAAAUUUUUUAGCGUCUCUUUUUUCUGCUGGCCUUGGAUAUAGUGCACUCAACACAGCCAGAGGGGCUCUUUCAUCGUUAGGGCUUGUAUUUGAGGGAUUUACAGUGGGCUGUCAUCCUCUGGUUAUAAGAUUUCUAAGAGGAGUAUUUAAUCUUAGACCUACUCAAGCGCGUUAUACAUGCAUUUGGGAUGUUGCUCCUGUCUUAAAAUAUUUGCAGAAGUUAUCGCCUGUUGCGGAACUGUCGCUAAAAAAUAUAACAUUGAAAUUGGUGAUGCUAAUCGCUUUAAUCUGUGCUUCAAGAAUACAGUAUCUUCAUUGUUUGAAAUUGUGUAAUAUGUUGAAGAGGAAAUCUUCUUUUGUGUUCGUAUUUACUGACGUAUUGAAAGUUAGUAGGCCAAAUUUUCAUGUGCCUGAGUUUGUUUUGAACUCAUAUCCUCCAGAUAGGAGACUUUGUGUAUAUACAGUUAUGAAACAAUAUUUAGAACGAACUGAGAGGUUACGGGAAAAUAUGAAUGGACGUCUGUUUAUAAGUUACAGUACACUUCGAGCGGAAGUAUGAAAAUAGUCCUUGUGGGCGUUUUUUCCGCUCAAAAAUCGCGGUGUUUUACCCAUAUACACUCCGCGGAAUUAGAGACGUUCUGGGCGGAAAAAAGUCCGCGAAAAUAUAAAAAUCGCGGUGGAUUAUCGCCCGCGAAAAUAUGAAAUUCACGGCGGAUUAUAGUCGGUGGAAAUAUCAAAUUCGCGGCGGAUUAUAGUCCAUAGUGAUUUGAAAUAGUCUUGAGUAAUUUAGUCCAUAUUGCCACAACGUUAUUAGAAAGAAACAAAUAUUUAAUGGAACGAUAUCAUGAGUAUAUUAGUCGUUUUAGUUCACCGGUAAUUCAUAUAUUCAUAAUACUCUUUUCAAAUUCCGUUUUGAUUAUUAACUAAAGUGUACCAAUGUAUUAUUGUAUUCAUAUCCUAAAAUGUCCGUUAUGUUCUAUUCAUUUAUAAUGUACAUCUACAUCGGUAUUUAAUUAGUGAAUCACACCAUAAAGCACAUACACAUAGCAAUUUUCCAUGUCAUUAGUUGAUCCGACAAGCAGACAAUGAAACCAUGUUUCGUGAAUUCUGAUAACAAUGUCUAAAAAUGGACGACAAUAAACAUAUAUAGAAGGUAGCGAUUUGCACGUGGAUGUUUUAAAAUAUGCUGUUUUUUUAUAUACUGAUUUAUUAUCCGUUUUAAUUAUGAACAACAAUUUAUCGAUAUUCGUAGAAAUAAACGAAUUAGCAUAAAUUGCUAGGAAGGAAUAUUUUCUCCUUUAACGGUAAUUCAAUUAAAAUGACGAUUCGGCUCCCAACGUUCAAUAUAUACAUGUACUUUAUGUCCCCAAAAUUAAGUCAUAUUGGAUAGAAGCUGGAAGAUUGUUUACUUAUUUCAGUUUCGUAUUUGACUUUACAGAUUCCCCAUUCCCCACAUUGCAAAACAGAUCAACACGUCAAAUCGUUUCAGUUACAGGUAUAAGGCUUAAAAAUAUCAUGUCUUAAAUAGCCCCUUCAAAUAUUUCUUUUUAUACUUUAACUUAUAAAUGCAACACACAAACUGCUUACCGUAUUUAUACAGUUGACGAUAAAUAUCCUAAAUAAUAAUCCAGUUCGGUUUCUUUCCAAUGAUUAUCAAUGAACAUAUCGAAGAACCUUUAAUAAAACACCUAACAACCAGAUCUUAUGAAUGGGAUCUUGUCCGGACAGAACUUAGAUUAAUAGUAACUGAUCAAAGAGUGAACAUCAAACAGAACAAAGGAAAUUGCCUAACAAAAAAGCAUGCGUUAGUUAUAAGGGAUGAUUUGUGUGCCAAAUUAAAAAUAUUAUCACAGAGAGGGGUUCACUAGUCCGCCGCUAUAAGAAAUACUAUAAUGUGGGUAUCAAUAAACCAACCCUAACUCAACCCUAAUGAUAGAUAUCGGUGGACUAAUGAACCCUAACCCAACCCUAAAGAAAGACAUCGGAACCCUAACCCUAACCUAACCCUAAUUCAUCGUAGCCUGUUAGUAAUUUAGUUGUGACAACCGCACCUAUUUAGUGUGAAAAUCCAGUUUGUUCGCGUCCCAAUUGUAAUUAUUCUUUAUUAAUGAGGUCAACUAUUUUGGGUAAUGAUUACUUACUGACAAUUCAGAAUGAAAGUAUUGUCUACAAGACUACGACAUGGUAACAAUUUGUUGUUAAAGGGGCUUCUAUUAUAGUCAAUUAUCAAUUCCUUUUGAUGACACGCUCGAAUUCACGUAAUUUGGAAACUUGAUUGACAGUAUGCAUUGACUCAGACUCUUUGGUGCCGAAAUGAAUAGGUGAUCAUGGUAUUAUGUACAUGUUUGCGUCAAGGUUGAUGUUGACUUCUGGCGAGGUGUGCAUUUAAUUCAUUUGUGAUUUAAAUCCGAAGAUAUAAUACUUCAGGUGUGAUUUACCGAUUUACAAUGCAUUGUGAAACUUAUUUGUCAGAAUGGGAAUGAAUAUUUUAAUGGACAAAACUUUCGCCCACGGUAAGACCAACAUCUAUGUGUAUAAAUUUUGAAAUUUUCGUAAUUUGAACGAGUUUGAAUGUCUUAAAAAUGUCGAACAUAUUGAUGAAGUAAUGUAUCGUACAGCCCUAACCCUGUUUAUUAUAUUAUAUAAAAGCCUGCCAAUUUUUUAUAUUUGUUAUAUUUUCAAUGGAAGACAGCAAAAUCUGCGUGUCUAACCGUGUUAAAUUAACAAUCUUUUUUUUGCAUGCCGUAUUAGCUGAUAUUCGAAUACGAUAUGAUGACUGCGGUGCAAUUGCACUAUAAAUAAACCUAGCUAUUUUAAAAGAUCUACAUGUAUGGAUGUGCUGACUGUACAUGCAUGGAAAGUCCGACUUAAAGGGGCACGGUGCGAUAUAAGGGAUGGUUUUUGUGCCAAAUUAAAAAAAAUAUCACCACCGGUUCAACGAAUGAUUUUAACAGAAUAUGUCACCUGCGAAUAUGAUUUUUGUUAUUUUUCAAUAUAAGCAAGUAAAAUCUGCGUGUCUAACCGUGUUAAAUUAACAAUCUUUCUUUUGGCAUGCCGAUAUUCGACUACGAUAUCACUGCCGUGGAAUCGCACGAUAAAUAAACCCAUUUCAAACCAGCUAUGGAUGUGCCGACUGUACAUGCGUGGAAAGUCCGACAUUUUAAAAUUUCGCGGUGGGCGGCAGUUUAAAAUAAUCGCGGAGGUCGGCGGUUUAUUUAAAUUCGCGGAGGAAUUUUGGAGCGGAAUUUUGAGCGCGGCCAGAGCGGAUUGAUUAACUGACCUUCGCGAUUUUUCAUUUCCGCCCAGGUCGGACCUCGGGGAAAUUUAGUACUUCCACUUGAAGUGUACUGUAUAUAAAACCUCAUAAUUGCGUUUCGCGGGAUACUAUUGCCAGGUGGCUAAAAUGUGUUAUGUACAGUGCAGGUGUUGAUACUAGUGUUUUUACAGCUCAUAGUGUGCGCUCUGCAGUUGUUUCUAGAGCGAAGUUGGGUAAUGUGCCAAUUAAAGAUAUCAUGUCUAAAGCUGGUUGGACAAAUGUGGGAACUUUCAGAAAAUAUUAUGAUAAACAUGUUAUUAAUAAUGAAGAGUUUUCUAUCUCUGUAUUAAAAGUUUGA